CCCUCACUCGUGCAGAGAGCAGAUUACUUAGAGGGUCGAGCCUCGGCAGCAGGUUUUCCUACACAGCAUUUGUGUAUAUGGAGCUGAAACUUUCCAACAGACAGACUGACACUAUCUUCCCUCUUUUCUUUGCUCUCUCUUGCGCUCAUCUUUCUUCUUUCGCCUCCUCCAGCACACCUUUGUGUUGUUUUCCUUCCCCUCUCCCUUCCCCCUCCCUCUUCAGUAUCAUCAGUUUUCCCCCUGCUCCGUCUUGCGUGCUCAGAAUUUUGUUAGUGAGCAACCUGAAGAUGUACAGGACAAGAUGCUGUUGAUGCUAGAGCUGUUUGGACUGCAUGCCUCCUCCAGGGCCCACUGAAGAAAACAAGACUUUCCAUGUGCCAAGGAGCAACACAACACCCAGAGGAACUUGAGACUACCACUUCUGAACCCCUCUCCUCUUGACAGUUGAAUUUUUGAGACUCUGGAUUAGCCUUGGAAAAGACUUAGAAAAACAAAAUGCGGACCAAGUUGUGCCAGCUAAUAGCACAGGUCUUUCUCCUGGGAGUGUUCCUCUCUGUUGUUCACAGUAAAGGGACUUUCUAUGGAGGCCAUGUCAACCCUUUCUAUGGAAACAGAUACAACCUCUACAAGGCUGGACUCAACCCUCACCACUCACCAAACAAGCCCAUGACCCGUCACAAAAACCACUGCGCCUAUGUAGUUCAGAGAAACAUCACAUGCAUCAUGCAGGAUGGAGUGGCAACCUACGUGAAGGCUGAGUAUACCACCAAGUGUAUCUGGGGUCAGAAAUGUCCUGUUGUGAUGUAUAGGACAUUCUACAAGCCAAAAUACAAGGUUGGUUUUAAAACAGUGACCGAGCUCGAGUGGAAAUGUUGUCCCGGCUAUUCUGGAGAAAACUGUUACGAUGGACCCACGUCGCAUCCAGAUAUUGUAAUGCCACCUUUCAAGGGUGCAGUUCUUCCCCAUCACCCAAGUGUGAAGGGCUUCCCCCAUGGCCCUAGACCCCCUAUUGAGCAUAAGCCUGGAGGAGGCCAGCUGGAGCCAGGAAAACCCUUCCCUGGUAUACCCACAGGAAAGACAAAUGGCAACAAAUAUGGCAUUUCAGGUGUAACUGGUGAGCGCUUGGACCGUAUCGAAGAGGACCUGCGUCGCCUUACCCAGGGUCUAGACACUCUUAAUGGGGUGGUGACUGGUCUUGAGGGCCGACUACGCACAUCACUCCGGGAAGACACCAAUAAAAUUCUGGUAUCCUUGCUACCGAACAGACCUCGUGCGCCCGACUCUGCUGUGGGAUUUGGGCUGAUCCCAGAUGGGACUCAUGAUGGGUUGGAUGGAGCAGGAGGCUUUACUGGAUUUGGUGAUUUAGCAGGGAGAGUGACAGAAGUUAGGGAUGAGCUGCGGGCCAAGACUCAUAUUCUAGAGGAGAUUCAGGGGAUGGUCUUGGGUCAUGAUGGCCAGCUGAAGAAACUGUUGGAAGGAGCUAUAGGCAUGCCCAUCCCUGGCCCUGACACCAGAUCUCUUCUGGAUGAACUCUUAGAUAUCAAGCUGGCAGAUAUAAGGGCUGAUAUCCUGGAUGGCUUUGAGCGCCGUCUGACGAGCCUCGAGAAGCACUGUGAUCAGAAGAUCGGGGAGGUGCAGAGGGAGUGCCACAGGGAGCACAUGGAUGGCCAGCAACAGAUCCAGCAAUCUCUGGAUGGCAAAGAAACUGGGCUCAGGGAGGAGUUGGGUUCUUUGCAAGCUCAGAUUCAGGGUCUAACACUCACUGAGAGCUGCUGCGGACAGGUGAGCAGUCUGUCUCAUCGUGUGUUGCUGCUGGAGGAGUCGGUUAAAGGUUUGACGGAGUCACAAAGGCAGCUCCAGACCGCAUUGAAUUACCAAACCAUCCACAUAGACACCCUGAUUAAGACUCGACUGGUGGACAUAGAGGGCCGAAUAAAUGCCACAAGUGGUAGUUUUGACGGGAUUGAAGGGUUUCCUGGUGGUCUGGAUGGUUUCAAGACUGUGUUUGAGGACAAGCUGAAGACCCUGGAGGAGAAAGUGUCUGUGGCCGUGGAGGAACUGAGUAACGCCACAGCCCCGGCUCUUCUGGAGGGGCAGGUGGUCCCUGCGCUGGAGACCGAGAUUGAGUCGGUGAGGAGGAGAGUUGAAGGAGAUCUGGAUGGAAUUCAAAAACAGUUAAAACACCUGGAGCUCCUCUGUACCACCUCUUGCCCACCCUCGACGCCACCAGCGGGAGGUGUCAGUGGCACUCAAGUAGAGGACGAGUGCAAAGAGAUGGAAAAGAAGAUGACAAACCGUCUGGACUCUCACUCUAACCAGCUGGAUCGCUUAAACAACACCAUUCAGAACUUGCUCUUCCGGAUUGCCCAGGAGGAAUCAGAAGGAUCUAUCCAAGGAGAGAUCACACUGCUAAAGGUCAACAUCAACUCUGUGAACCGCACUCUGAAGGGCCUAAAGGACUCUCUUAGCUUUAUUGCAAGUGAAGUGGGACAUGCUAAUUCCACAUGGGAACAAAGAGAGCACCAACUCGUCAACCAAGUGCAAGGAAUCACUAAACUCAUGGGCCACCAAGCCUCCCUCCUUGGAGCUGGGGAGAGGCGACUGGUCCAGCUGAAGGGGGAGCUAAUGGCAUUGAAGAGACAGCUGGCCGGGGAACUACGGGGCUGCCGCAGCACAGCAAUAGAAGUGCAGAAAGAGGUAAAGGAUGUCGAUAGCAGGGUGACCCAGGUAGAGGGCCAGUGCAGCAACCUGAGCGAGCUGGCGGAUCAUCUGGAACGGAUCCGGGCGGAGCUUGAGAGACACUCUGACUCCUACCUGUCCCAAGUAAACGGUACCUUGGCAAUCCAUGCAGAACAGCUAGCUGAGCUGAAAGAUGACAUCAAAGACUGCAAGGUCAAGGAUGCUGCCAACCACAAAGGAGACCAGUAGCAUUUCAGCUACAGAAUUUUUUAAAAAUUAAGACUUAAGUGUGGUUUUUAUUAGCCUUCAUUUGCUUCUGUCUCCUGUCUUUUAAACCCACUCUGCACAGAUGCAAAUUAACCAAACUAGUGAAAGUCAUUUCCCUGUGAGCUUCUCAUCCCAGUUCCUCCAGAUGUCCUGGGCGUUUAGUUGAGUCAUCUGGAAAGAGAAGAGGACAACACAGAAUACAAAGACACGCCUACGGUUGUAUAGCUGGGCGAUAUUUUCUCUCAAGGUUUUAUUCUAGAGGGCAUUUCUCUGAUCAUGAUUGUUUUGUUUAGACAUUUUACCUGUUUAACUUAUAUGAAGUGACUGGAUUGUUGUGAUAUUAAACUGUUUGCAUUAGAGAAAAAAACAGCAAAACACAGUGCUGCUAUGGGUUUUUGCUGAGAAGCACACUCAACAACCUCUGUGUGGACACUUGCCUUGUUUUUUCUGUUGUUGUUUAAAAAAAAAUACUGUAUGUCAACUUGGUGCUAUUUGCAUUUUUGUAAACCUUUGUUUGUUUUACACGUUUAAAAAUGCCUUAUACAAAUAUAUCUCUGCUUUGUCUGUUGUGUUCAUUUGCUGCCACUUGGCUCAAAGUUGCAGAGAAGUUCCAUAAUUCACCAUUAGGGGGCAGUGAGAACACACAACACGGCGUGGUCGACAGUAGAGAAAGUCUAAAACAAUAAGUACAACUUUAUCUGUUGUAGCGUAAGGAACUGUGUACAUCAUCUAGUUUAUCAAGUUCAUUUUUUCUGUUUAAUUAUUAUAAUUAGAAAUUGGGUGGUAAGUACUUCUCGUUAAACCCAAUUCUCUAACCCGUCAAAUUCUCCACUAUAUUUCAGCUUCAGUGAGCUACCCUGACCCCACUGAGUCACACUGUGCUGUGGUAUAGCAGAAACAACAUCAUCUAGGUCUCUCCCAUCAAUACCUUGGAAACCUUUUGGCCUUUUUCUUUUUGUUGUUUCUUAACAUGUAGCCAUUCCUGUAAAAAUAAAGUAUGUCAUGACAACUUUCACAGUAGAAAGCAUUCCUAAUGAAUUUUUUUAAUCUACACUUUCAUAAAAAUCUGAUGUAACACUGGAAUAAUG